UAAAGAUAGGUACGUCGAUAUCCGCGUUUUACGGAACCGAUAAAUGUGCUAAAAUUCUGUGCCACGUUUUUUGAACUUCGCAUUUAGAGAGAUAAAAUGAGUGAAGAGAUAAAUUAUGCACAAGCUAUUGAAAGCUUAUAUGAAAAAUUAAACACUAUGGAGAAUACAAUAAACAAUUUAGUUAACGCUUUGAAACCUUCAUCAAGUUCCUCAAUGAUUGUCCCAGCUACAACUACAGCUGUAUCUCCAAAUUCCAAUACUGUUGUUGCUUCAACUUUUAACAUAGCAGGCUCUUCAGUGGACAAUUCUGUGGUUAAAUCUGCAGAAAGCACAGGGUCUUCAGUUGUCAAUUCUGUGGUUACCUCAACAUCAAGCACAGCUAGAUCCCAAGAUACCCAAACUGUGGUUGCUUCAGCAUCAAACAUAGUGAGCGUAAGUGAUGGAACAGCGUCAUCAGACAACAGUGAACUAACACAUGAACGCUACAUGGAAUAUAGAAGGCAGCACCCGGGCUCCUACUCACAUUAUUCCUAUCAUGUGUGGGUAGAGCAUGGAGGUCACGAUCGGCAAGACUAUUAUUGGAACCGUGAUUCUCCAUACCGGAGUGCUGCCUACAGAAGUAGGAGACGAGGUGGCCGUGGAAAACGGGGAAAUGUGUUUCAUUACAAUGUCUAUAAUUAGUGUAAAAAUUUCCUGCAAAUGGUAGCAUUUAUGUUACACUCAAAGUUAUUUACAGGUACUAUUUACACUAAUUAUAGACAAUGUAAUGUUUGUUUUUUUGUUUUUUUUGUUUUUUUUUAAAAAAAUUUUAAACAUCGUACAAUAAUUUUGUUCUAUUUAGAAUUGCUUCAAUGUCUUUUUACAAAAAAGUUUAUAAAAAAUUUUCAUUUAUUUACCCGCGGCUCAGUAGUUUUU